AAGAAAUCAAAAAGAAAAAAUUUAAUCAGAGUUUCUAUCUUCCCCUUUUCUUUCUUCAUUUUAUUUUGGUGUGGGAAUUUCCAGUUCAGGGCUAGGGUUUAAGGUACAGGGAAACAGGGUAAAAUCGGAGAUGGCGAUGACACAGUGGUGCAGCACAGUAGCGAGGAGACUGAUGACUGUUAUGGAGCAACGAAUGGCAUAUUCAUCUUCAGCUGCUCCGUCGGCGGCGAUGGGAGGUCCGAUCCUUUGCGGACGAGGGGACAAGAGGACGAAGAAAGGGAAGAGAUUCAAAGAUUCGUAUGGAAAUUCAAGACCUAAAAAGGAGAAGAAAAUUGAACGCAUCAAGGAUAAAGUUGAGGUCCCCAGGUCUACACCUUGGCCUCUUCCUUUCAAACUCAUUUGAUUUCAUUUUCUGUACCCUUCAAAAAAAAUCUAGUCUUGUUUCUCUUUGCCAUUAGAAGAUAGAUUAUGUUUUUCUUAUGAUGAAUCUGAAUGUACUGACGUCUGGGCAAAAUUGUGUUUCAAUUGCUUUGUUUAGCCUUACGAUUUGCAUUCCAUAUGGCAUUCUAGAAUUAGGAGUUGAGAAUAAAUGCUGAAUUACUGUGUCUGUUUCACGAAGGACACUGAUUAAUCGGUGCCUAAUCAAAAUCACUUUUGGUUA